CGAGCCGAAUCGUCGGCGUAGAGCGUGUGGGUGCAGUGUUAUGUUUGUGUGGCUGGCAUGUACGGCCGGCUCGUGGUGGUGGCGGCCGCCGUGCUGGCGGCCGCGGCGGCCUCCUCGCUGCAUCCGUUCGUGAUUCUGGCGCCCGACUACGGCGCGCAGCGUCGCGUCGACGGCCCCGAGCCGAAAAAAUUCAUGGUAGCCUGGCCACCGGGGGUGCGUUUUCCCUCGCGGCAGGUGCCACUGCGCUUCGUUGCCGCCAUGGCCGUGCCCGUCAACACCGACCCUUUGCUGACGCAGAAGGAGCUCUCCGAGGUCGUCUACUACACCAGCAUGGACCUCCGCAAGUUGAACGGAUCGGCCAGCGCCAAUAAGCGGCCCAGCGAUCUGAAUCAAUUCUACAUCGAGCCGGAGGAAGGUGAGGACGAAGACGACGGCGAAGAGGACGAAUACUACUACGACGACGCGUCAACGACCCCACCGCCCCCGGCGCCGACAAUCACACCCCCAGCGCCCCCGACACAGCCCCCGAUAAUAUUCACGACGCAGGUUGCAGUCCCGGCCGUGCCCGCCACCACCGUAAAAACGACGACACGCCGGCCGACGACGGCUCGUCCGCGGCCGAAAACGCCCACUCCGACGCCGACGGUGGUGUGGACGACGUCGGCGAGCGCCGGGACGACGGCCGUGCGUCGGGCGUGGGCGCCGCGGCGCGACGACGACUCGUGGCUGGAGGCGGAGGGCGUCGCGUACAUCGUGGUCGGCACCUGCUGCGGCCUGUCGGUGCUCACGCUGGCCGUCGUGCUGCUCGUGCUCAAGAUGCGGCAGCCGCCGCGGCCGCCGGGCACCGAGUCGACGUCCGACGUGUCCUCCGAACACUCGGUGGGUGCGUCGUCCCUCCAGCUGCCGCAGCGGCUCAUCAACCUGAUGAACUCGCACUCGCAGAUGGCCUCCACGCACAAGCUGGGCUCCUGGUUCAACGGCCGCCCCACCGCCCUGUCCCUGCACGGUCAGGGCAUGGCCUUCCCCACGCCAAAGGUCAACCAUUCCAGCCUCAACGGCGAAGUGGCAGACUUUGACCAGAUCCAGGUUCACAUAGAAAGCCGGCACCGAGAGUCUGAUCACGCGGACUCGUCCAGCUCGGCAGGUUCCUCCUUGGUGCUUCACGCAGACGAAGCAGAUUCCCUUCAGAGACGCAGCCUAGACGUGGCCAACAUGCUGGACGACAUCGAUGAGUCCGCCAGCGGCAGCUCCAGCUCGCGGCACGACACUUUCAUCUUCUGGUCCUCCAACAGCGACAGACUCGUCUGACGUGAGAUCUCCUAAAACAUAAUAUAAUUAUCCUUGGAAUCAGGGAAAGGAUAAAACUUUUUAGCCUCGAAGGUGGUGAGUGACCUGCUGGGAACAUUUGCGUGUGCGCAGGAGUUCAUCAGGACGAGAACUAUAUAUAAUGUUACCAAUGUCAUAUUAAUUCAUUAUUUUAAAAUUCAUCUCAUCUCCUAUAAUAUUCCUAUUAGCUCAUUUAUAAUUAUUGUAAUUUAUUUUUUUGCUCUGCUGAAACAGGCGAAAGUCGCAGGUUGAAGUGCCUGCCGGAAAUAUGUAAAUGCUGGGAGUCGAUUUUUUUUCAUUUAGGAAUUUGACGAGAUUAUAAAAGCACAGACAGGCGCGAGAUAACAUGCAAAUAACGAAAGCUGAAUGCAUGCAGGUGCCGUCGAUUUUAUGGUCAGCGAAACUUUCAUUUAUCAGCAUCUUGUUUCAAAAGUACCGAACGCACUCUACUAAAUUAAUUAAUUAGGGAACGAGUUUUCACUCGUCCAAUGAAAGCAAUAAUAAAAGUUUCUUGUUUUCAAAAAAUUAGCCGUCAGACGCAUUUGAGGUGCUUGAACAAUUCGAGUCCCUUUCUUUCCUUUCUUUGAACAAGACAACAUCCGCUCGGAAGAAAAGAUUGACAAGCGUGAAAAUUCCAAGCUGGCACAUACAAAAAGUCGUAAUACGUGUCAGUUUUCAGUCUGUAAUUAGCUUUGAGCUGACACGCCUUGCACUUCGCAUACACCUGCCGCGCCGCACGUUAUAGAUAAAAUCUUUUCGCCUUGGCGCACCGCUGUAUUUUGCACAUCCGCAACCGUUAAUAUUUCGACGAGCGAGCAUUAUGCCUUCUUUAUAUAAAAAAUAUAUAUUGUACGAGCCAAAUUAAACGUCUCCGCGCGUGCACCCAAAAUAAAUCACAAUCAGUGGGAAAAGUAGAGCGCAGAGCAGCUCCUGAAUUCGGUGCUUACAGUUACAAAACAGCCUGAUUUAAUUAUUCUUUAUUGAGCACAAGCAAAUUUUUUUACCUGUGACGCUCCAACACGAGAGGCUCCUUUUUAAAUAUUUGUUUCUGUCAAUUGUCACCUCAAAGCGCAGAAAAAAGACUCAAUGCUCACGUCAUAAUUUAAAGUGGAAUGAUACUGGGCAACAAUUGAAAAUUAUUUAAAUUGUUAGAUGCCAUUAACAAUUGAUCGAUAAACAAUUUGCAAUAAUAAAAUUGACCUUCCUACCAUAAAAAUUCAAAUUUUGCCAAUUUUCUCCAAAAUGUACAGUGCUUGAACAUAUUUUCUUGGCAUAUUUAGAUUCCUCUCGUCGAGAUCUGUCCAACGGUGUAUGCCACUUAUUGGGGAAACUCUUGGUUUUGAAAUUAAAUCGGAUUUCAAGUAAGGAGACAGCCAUUACCAUUUGAAAAGCACGCUAACUUUCCAGCCAAUUUUCUCGAAAAAUUACAGUGCUUCUUAGGUCAAUUUAGGCUUUAACUGAAUCCUAAGGGACGAGUUUAUGCAUUGGCAACAAGCAUUUUACAGGCUUAUGCAGUAUCAUUCCUCUUUAAAUUCCUCUCAUUUUGCUAUAACUGUAUCACAUCAUGGAUUUCAAAGCAUUGCACGACUAAUUAAAUCAAAUUAUUUUGGGCUGUGAGAUUUGGACGGUUAAUUUUUGGGACUGUUUUAAUGACAGAGGAAACAAAAAUUAUUCCUUUGCGGUUUUUCACAGUCAAUUUUUUAAUUUAAUCAUUUUAAAUUUUUCAUCUGCUUGAAUAAUCAAGUUUAAUUUUUGGCCAAUUUUAAAAGGCUAAUUGCAAAUUGUUUCCGGUGGUUUAAAUUACCAAUUCAGAAGCUGAUCAUCUAAAUCUCACUGCCCUAAUGAAAAUUCCAAUCCAACAAAUUUUAUAAAAAAAGAACAUCAAUUAAGCUGUCUACAUUGUUGUGACAAAUCCUGGAAACCUGCAGAUUUUGCACCGUUUUAUGUAAAAUCAACGUGUAACAUAAAAUUAAGUGUAAUUAUGAAAAACGCGAAUUAGAAACUAUAAACAAAGUGCUGCUAGAUUAAGCGAGAUAUCUAUUAAAGUGCCACAGGACGUGAGAGAAUCUGCCACGCGCGUUUCUGCGAGUGUUGUAUAUGUGUGUGUGUGUGAUUUCUCUGAUAUGAUUGAGGAGCGCGUGGACCUCAAAGGAGGACGCCAACCGCAUAUGCGCACUCGUCGCGUCACAAUAUGUAUUCCGAGUGAAAGGAUUAUAGCAGGCGCGCGGAGAAGAAGAGGAAAGUUUAUGUUACACACGACGCGUUAUUAAUCUGCAUGCGCGCUGCUCCCGCAGCACGCAUCUCUCGAUAUGACACGCAUGAACGGAUAUACAUAUGAAAAGUGAAAAAAAAAACACUAGAAAUAAAACAAACUGCUGAUGUAUUUGCGUGUGGUAAAGAGCGUCGGUGUGUGAAAAUGCCUUCCAAAUAAAUCGUUGUGAAUAUGCAAUUACCUGAAACGCGCAUUUUUUAUUAUUUGCAUGCGUUUAAAAAUCGUGAGUUUGCUUUGACUUGCAGAUUGAGCAGGAAAAUAGAAGAUGAUUCGCUGCGACAGCUUGUUUUCUAUUCGUAAUUAGGUGAGUAAUUGUGGGAAAAACGGAUCUGCACCGAUUAGAGGGAAAUUUU